CACUUUGGUCAAUUUGAAACGAUACAGAGAAGAUUAGCAUGGCCCCUGCACUAAGGAUGACACGCUCAAUCAAAGAGAAGCUACCAAUUUUUUGGGCUUUUGUUUUUAUUUUCCUAUGUGUAUUUACUCUUACAAUACGAUCUUACUAUUCGAAGAUUGCUCUUGCCGUUUGUUCAUCGUUCUUCCUUCGCUCUUGCCUUCCUUUUUUUGACUCUCAAUACUUUUUUUUCCCUCGAUAUUCGCGUAAUCUCGCUUACCAACUACAUCCCGAUGACCCUCAGCAUCUUCUACCAGGCACCAUCGCAAUCAUCGUUGUCGUCAUAUUUAUUUUAUCUUGAUAGCUAUAUUCACAUUGGCAAGUCUAUGAAAUACAAAUCAUAUCCGCUCUAGUUUCGCCCAGUGCCGACACCAGUGUCACAUCCAGGCAGGCAGCGGGGUACAGAUUUAAAUCCUGACAAUCCAGUCACAUGAGUUGCCGCCUUUCGCUUGGUCUUGGAAUCAUAUUUGAUAUAAUGAACUAGCUUGCUACAGAUUUUACCAGGCUGGACCUGAUAUACAAAUCGGCGAUAUACUUUUUGCGCUGAACCAAGCUGUGGGCUAUUCAAGCUCGAGAUGAGAGCGCAUAGGUCUACAGGAUCACCAGAAAGUUGAAGGAGCUUUUGAAGAAGCUACAGUUCUCGCUAUGGCCAAGCGUAACGCGGCCCGUGGAGGUGCUGCUCCACGGUCCGGUGCAUCCGUGAGUCACAGGCAAAGGUCGAGUCGGAUACCUGAUGUCCCUGAGGUAUAUCAGGAUAUGAUAUCAGAAGCUCUCUCGAAUGACCAUGACUCGAUAGACCGUCCACCGAAGCGCAGGAGGACAAGACAAACAUUGGAAAGUCACCACGAGGACAUUGGUGAGGAGCAUGAAAACCGCGACGAGGGUGUCGACGAAGAGCAGGAGAGCGGCGAGGAAGAUUUCGAGGAUGUUUUGCCGCCAGCAGCGCAAACUGUGUACAACUCCGACUCGGGCUCGGACUCGGAUGAUGCUACCUUUGAGGACGUUGGGUUAUAUUCCGACCCCUUCCAACAUGGCGUUGGUGGGGCCGAUGAGGAUGAACGGGAUGACGACCAACAUAUAGAUCUCACCCUAACCAGGCGGAUCGAGGCGCCCCAGAGGACGCCUAGGAAGAAAGGGCGGACAUACACGAAGGAAGAGCGUGCUUCGCAUUUGAUGACCCAUAAAAUGCAUCUGUUAUGUCUCUCUCGAUACAUAGAGCGACGAAACGAGUGGUGCAAUGAUGCCGAAGUUCAAGGCAUUCUUAAGCCUCUUCUACGUGAGAAAGACCGCCAAUGGUUCAAAACCAAACCUGAGUGGACGCAGUUCCGUAGGGCAGAGUCGAUAAAGAAAGGAUUGGAAAUCGCUGGGAACAUCUGGCUGACCAAUUUUAAAAUCACAUCGAGAGGGAUGAGGCGAGCGUACUGGGAUGAAGAUGGGCGGAUUUCAGACUUCGUUCUUCCCCCGGAUGCUGACCGUGUCCUCGAUAAGUCAGACUUCAAGCUCGGGGCAAAGAAUAUGGAGGGUUCUCGUGACACCGGGGCACAGCUAUACUGUGCGCUCUUACGCGGCGCUGGUCUCGAUGUACGAUUGGUAUGCUCUCUUCAGUUACUUCCUAUCAACGCAUCAUCGACAAAAACAAGACCUCCGCCUCAAGGGGUGUCCACCCCCAGGCCUAUAACACCAACUACUCCUACUAGCGACAGUGAAGCCAUGAACAUAGCCAGCCCGACAUCUCCUUUCGCGAGCCGAGCCUCCGGUGCGCCAUUCUCGGCACGCAGACGACUCGGCCACCCAAACGUGGCAGACUACCACAUUCCCGACGCAACUCCUCCGCGCCGGCCUCCUCCCCCGAAACCCAAACAGAGACGCAUAAUCGAAUCUCCAUAUCCAGUAUUCUGGGUCGAAGUCUUGGACGAGGCGCAUCAGAAGUGGAUGCCAGUCGACCCCCUCGUCACUGGAACCAUCAAUAAACCAUCCGUUUUCGAACCACCAGCGGUAGACGCUGAGAAUACAAUGACUUAUGUGUUUGCCUUUGAAGAGGAUGGGGCCGUUCGCGACGUCACUCGUCGGUAUACCAAGUGGUAUUCCGCCAAAGUGCGUAAAGCCCGCGUGGAAUCUACGGACGGGGGACCAAAAUGGCUACGUCGAACAAUGAAAUUCUACUCGAGGGGUUUUCAAACAGACCUAGAUCAAAUCGAAGACAUUGAGCUCCAAACCAUUGAAGGCAGGGAGCCGAUGCCAACAAGCAUAGCUGAUUUCAAGGGCCAUCCGCGAUAUGUCCUCGAGCGUGAUUUGCGACGCAAUGAAGUCCUCGUGAAUCCACAUGAGAUUGGGAAAGUGGCUUCUGGACGCGAUGCUAAUUCUGUGGGUGGAAAGGGGAAGAAGCUCGAGAGUGUCUAUCGACGGAGCGACGUUAAGGCCGUUAGGAGUGCAGAUGGCUGGUACCGACUCGGCAGGGAGGUGAAGGUUGGCGAACAACCAAUGAAGUCGCGCGCAGCGAGGAGAAUCGCAAAUGACGAUGACGAGCCGGGUGAUGUGGCUCUCUACACUGAAGACCAAACAGUGUUGUAUGAAGCACCUCCUGUGGUUGACGGGCGCGUUCCGAAGAACGUGUAUGGUAAUUUAGAUGUUUACGUUGAGAGCAUGGUCCCCAAAGGGGGAGUGCAUUUGCCGUACCCAGAUGCGGCUCGGGCGGCUCGACUUCUUGGUAUUAGCUACUCAGAUGCCGUGACAGGCUUUGAGUUUCGCGGGCGCCAGGGUACGGCCAUCAUCAAAGGUGUUGUUAUUGCAUCGGAGUACCAGGAUGCUACUGAGGCUGUAAUACAGGGCUUCAAGGACGACGAGUGGCAUGCGAAAGAAGAACGGCGCUCCAUCGCCGCUUUGCGGAUGUGGAAGCGGUUUAUGGUUGGGCUUCGGAUCAAGGAGCGCAUUGAUGCGUACGAGAUUGAGGGGGAGGAAAAGGGGGAUGAGUAUGUACAGGACGACGACGAAGGUAUGCAGAGCGAGGAGUAUGAUAUGGAUGAAGCAGGUGGUUUCUUCCCGGAAGAUGAGGGUGGAGGCUUUGUUCCUGAGUAAAAUAUGAUCUAUAUAUAAAAAUAAUACAAUCCUGUUUACAUAUCUGCUGCUCUUCUUCUAGCACGAGCCCAAACAGGUAACCCGCCUUUCAUAGGGAGCGUAAGGCUAUUCCUACUGAACCUGUAGCCUCCCUCGCAAUCCUCAAA